AUGUAUAGAAAUAAAAAAAUUAUUUCGUCUCGAAGUUUGCGGCUUUUGAAAUCUGUUCUUCCUCCAUUGGAUUCAGAAGAUUCUGAAACUGAAGAUGAGACUGAAUUAUCAUUAAAAAAGAAAUUAAAUACCCCCACCGUGACUGUUUUAGACUAUUCUGAUAGCAGUACACACUCUUCAAGUCCUCCAAGUGGUGCUUCUGAACUAGAGAACUAUCUCUACGAUAUCGAUGAUUUUCCCAUGUUUGAUGAAUUAGGUACGGACAUCAACAAUUAUAUAAAUUUACCAACUACAAGUUACAAUGAUACUUUGGCUGAAGUUUCUAUUUCUACUUCUAAUUCUAUUUUAGAUUUGCCUAAUGUUGAACGAAAUAAUAUGAUUGAUAAUCCGAUUAAUUUAAGUAUCGUCGAAAAUAUAUUAGAUCUUUCUUCUCCAAAUAAUUUUCAAUCAGUUGAUUUACAUUCUGAUUCAGACUUAUUGAUUGUUCAAAGAAAAUCGGGUAGAUUAGCUCAAAUGUCCUAUGUGGAACCAAUGUCGGUAUCUUCAGUAUAUGUUGAAUCUGUUGAACCUCCUCCAUUAUCCACACUUAGAAACAAAACCAAAAAAAUGAUACGAAAAAAAAUGACUUUUAAAUGGACAAAACAGUUUAAAUUUCCUGUUGAUUUACCUCCGUUUAGGUAUUCUUCUAUACCUCAAAAUAUUUCAACUCCUUACCAAUAUUUCAAAAUGUUUCUUACAGAUGACAUUUUAGAACUCAUAUCAAAGCACACUAACAUAUAUAGUUCCCAAAAACUUGAUAAGUCUUUAGAAACAACAGUAGAAGAAAUAAAGCACUAUAUUGGAAUUGAAGUACUUAUGGGAAUCGUAGCAAUGCCAGCCUAUACUGAUUAUUGGUCAGCCGACUUAAGAUACAAUCAAAUUGCAGAUACCAUGCCUCUAAAACGUUAUCAAAUGCUACGUCGAUAUAUUCAUUUUGUUGAUAACGAAACAGUUGAUACUUCUGACCGUUUUUAUAAAGUAAGACCAAUUUUAGAAGGUAUAAGAAAAAAUUGUUUGUCGAUUGAACAGAGUAAACAGUUUUCAAUAGAUGAGAUGAUGAUUACUUAUAAAGGGACCAAAGCUGGUUCCAGAAGACAGUAUAUAAAAAUCAAACCAAAAACUGUUUACUUUGACAAUUGGUUUACAUCACUGGAACUUGUGACGUAUUUAAGAAAAAAGUUCGGAAUUUUAAGCCUUGGAACAAUACAACAAAAUAGACUGCGUGGAUGUGAUAUCAUAAAUGACAAAGAUUUACUAAAAAAAGGAAGAGGAAGUUUUGAAAUGAGGUGUGAUAAUAAAAAAAAAAUUUCUGUUGUAAAAUGGGCAGACAACAAAUGUGUAACACUGGUAAGUUCAUUUGUACCUGUAAAUGAACAACCGUCUUCAGUUCGUCGCUAUGAUAAAAAUAUGAAAGCUAAAAUUCCUAUUAAUUGUCCAACAAUAAUUAAAGAGUAUAACUCUAAGAUGGGUGGUGUUGAUUUAGCUGAUAUGCUAGUAUCUUUAUAUCGUACUGGUCUAAAAUCUCAUCGUUGGUAUUUGGCUGUAUUUUCACAGUUAUUGGACAUAUCUGUCAACAAUGCGUGGUUAUUAUAUAGGCGUGAAUUUGAAGAGUUAAAUAAUGAUUUAAACGUUAAAUAUAUGCCAUUAAAACAAUUUAGAACCGCAAUAGCUAAAACUCUUAUUAACCAAAGAAAACCUGGCAGACCAAUAAAAGAAUUGCUAACUAAUCCACGAAUUCAGAAAUUACCCAGGUCAAGGCCUACAGAUGAUGUACGCUUGGAUAACGAAGACCAUUUACCCAAAAAAAUUAAAAAAGGACGAUGUAUGUUGUGCCCCAAAGGUCAGACGGUUUAUAGUUGUACUAAAUGUAACGUGAGACUUUGUACUCUUGACGAAAGAAACUGUUUCUACACUUAUCAUAAGCAGAAAUAA